UGUUUCCCCCUCUCGACAAUGGUGAUUGGGUUUAGAUAAUUAAUGGGGAUGGGGUCACCGACAGCUUCCCUUUCCGUAGUCUCGCCGCAGUGGAUUUAGGGCACCGCAUUUCGUCUAUACGCACAACAGCUGUAUAUACGCCAUAAUUUAUACUCAAUACCCAGAAUAUACAGAGACAAAAGGCGUUUGCUUUCCAUGUGAAGCAACCUGAAAAAGACAAUCGAUUUGGAGGUGAAGGUAGAGAAAGUAACAGAGAGAGAGAGAGAGAGAGAGAGAGAAAGAGCCCUACAACCACUUAUUGAUAUUAUUAUAGAUACACUAAGCAGUACUUACCAUUGAAGAAGAAUACCAUCUUUACCUAAAGUUCAAGAAUUGUGGAGAGGAGAGAGAGAGAGAUAGGGAAUGAGAAUACCUGCCUGACAUGGGUACCAUUCUCUCUCUUCCUCUGCAAUUAUUGACGCUUAUGUAGAAGAUUUGUACGCCCAGAUCUCUCAAGGAACACUCCUUUUCAUCCGUCAGCACUUGGAAUGGGAACAUUAGCGUCUGAAACAGAUUCUUUAAAUUACUUGAGACUGGGGCUCAAGGGAUCUGGCAAGGGAAACUCAGGGAAACCCCGAGUUCUUUCCAUUCUCUCGAUGCUUCUCGAGAGUUCUGUCCAGGAAAAUGAAAAGUUUCUGGAAACGUCACAAGUAAAAGAUGCCAUUACAAUAUUUCACGGUUCAAGAGCCCCAUCUCUGAGCAUUCAACAAUACGUUGAUCGCAUCUUCAAAUAUGCCUGCUGUAGCCCCUCCUGCUUCGUGGUCGCACACAUAUAUAUGGAGAAAUUCAUCCAGUGCACCAAUGCCUGUUUGACUUCCUUUAAUGUUCAUCGACUAUUAAUUACAAGCGUGAUGGUGGCAGCAAAAUUUAUUGAUGAUUCAUUUUUCAACAACGCAUAUUAUGCCAGAGUAGGCGGUGUGAGUACUGCGGAAUUGAACAAGCUAGAAAUGAAGUUCUUAUUUGGACUGGGCUUCCGGCUUCAUGUGAGUGUGCAGACAUUCAGGAGCUACUGUGGCUUCCUAGAAAAAGAAGGCAACUUAACUCUCCAAAUCGAGCGUUCAAUCCAGGCGUGUGGAAUCAAAGAGAGCUGGUCGACCAACGAGGACCCCACCUGUGCCCAAAUCGCCAGAUGACAGCCAUUCAUGAUCCUGCAGUUAGUAGAGCACUUGGGUUGAUAUAUAUCAGAGCAUUAUUUCGCGAUUUUUGUAUGUUUUCUGGGUUCCCUGUGGUGUAUAGGUUGCACUGGAUCAGCAUCAGUCGUUGUUGUUGUUGUUAGGCUUUCAUCCUUUUUUUGUUGUGUGUACCCAUUUGUUCCACUUACAGUCAGAUUUCAUAUAUUUCUUUGUACAGAAUGAGUGAGAUGCUCAUUUAAUACAUGAAUAUUUCUACUUUUUUCGUGUCCAUUCUUGUGCGUAAUCUUUCACUCGAGAAUCAAUCGAAUUGAGCUACUCGUGAGGUC